AUGGUCGAUAGAAAGAGCAAUGCAACAACUCUGGGCGCGGCCCUCGUGGUGGCGUGCCUGGCCGCAGCCGUGGCUGCCAACGACGAGAAGAAACAAGCCUUAAUGGCCAAUAUAUGCGAAGACACGGGCAUGGGAGACAGUUGCAACGAAGGAGACAUCAAAGAGGCUAAGGAGGCUAUUAAGAAAGCAUUUGACGCGGCGGUGGAGGAGCUGAAGAUGGAGAUAAAAAACGCGACUAUGUAUAAGGAGUUGGAGAAGGACUACAUGACGAGGCAGGCGCUCGACAAGUGCGAGCGUGUGCUUGCCAGCGCCAUCGAUGAAAUCUAUACGUCGUUCGAGAAAAUUAGCCAGUAUGAGACCGGGCACAAUAUGGAUUAUGUCCUUGGUGAGAUCAAGAUAUGGCUGAGUGGUGCUAUUGGUGACAAAGAGACAUGCUUUGAUUCUUUCGCCAAGACUAAAAGUGAGUCUAAUGCAAAGGAAAAGGUGAGGGAAAUGCUGAAAACCAGCGGGAGGUUACUGACAAAGAGUUUGGCGAUGGUGAUCGAAUUCGAAAAGAAUUACGAAUCAGUGAAAAAAGAUUUGGGGGAACUGGUGAACAGCGUCAAGACGCCACGGCAGCUCCUCGACGAUGAAAACAUUCCUGAUUACGUCAGUGGCCAAGGAAGGAAGCUUGUUGAGAACCCUAAGAUUGCGUUGAAGCCUAACGUGGUGGUGGCGCAAGACGGCAGCGGCAAUUUCAAGACGUUCACCGAGGCCGUUCAGACUGUCCCUAAACAAAGUAGUGUGCCGUAUGUGAUUCUGGUAAAGGAAGGUCUAUACAUGGAGUAUGUGAUGAUACCCAAAAUGACCGAUAAUGUAGUUUUGAUCGGAGAGGGCCCAUUAAAAACCAUAAUUAGUGGCAACAAGAGUUUCGCAGAAGGUUUUCGGACCGGUGACACCUCAACUCUAACCGUUGAAGGGCGACUCUUCACUGCCAAGGACAUCGGGGUUGAGAACACGAGGGGGCCCGAAGGCCAGUUUUUCCGGGAGUGUCGCAUUAGUCGCACUGUGGACUUCAUCUUCGGCAACGCCGUCACGGCACUACAGAAGUGCGUUAUGGUGGUACGGAAGCCCAUGCCCCGCCAGACAUGCGAAGUGACGGUGCAGGGGCGCGAGGAGAAAAAUGUGACCGGGAUUACCAUCAUCCAAGGAUGCAACAUCACAGCAGAGGAUGCAUUCCUGAAUGCGCAGCCACCAAUAGCGGCUUACCUAGGGCGGCCGUGGAAGACAAUGUCGCGGACAAUCAUCAUGCAAACCACAAUCGAGGGGUUCAUUUCGCCCGAUGGGUGGCAGCCGUGGGACGGGACCCUCGGGUUGUCUACCCUCUUCUACGCCGAGUAUAAAAAUUAUGGGCCCGGGGCGGACACCUCCAAACGGGUCGAUUGGGCGGGUAUACAACACUUUGCAGAUGAUGAGGCAGCCAAGCCAUGGACUCCCCUUGUACAUUUUCUUAUUGAUGAUUGGAUCAGAGACACUGGAGUUCCUUUUGAUCCGGUAUUCAUGUGA